AUGAGCAUCGAUACGAGUACAAAACAUAUCUAUCGAAAGAGACUCGGUGUUAUUUGGUUAUCCGUAGAAAUUGCAUUGGUUUCAUCUACUAUUUUUGGAUUUAAUGCUAUUUUUGAAAUUUUAUCCAAAGGUCAUAUUUAUGAUAGUUAUUGUAUAAUUUCAAAUGAAACAAAUGUAACUAUAAAUUCCAACGAAAGUUGUGAUGAACAACAGAAAAAGUAUCAAGAAGCAGUGGCUUUGGGAUUGAUUUUCUAUAAUUUACCAACAGUACUCGUCGGUAUUUGUAUUGAUUUAUUUGGAAUUCGCUCUGUUAAAUUGAUUUCCAUAAUAUUUCAUGUAAUUGGAUGGUUGUCCUUAGGUUUUGCUCAACCUGGCCAAGAUCAUUUAAUUUUUAUUCAUACUGUAUUUACGGCAUUUUCUGGUAGUUGUACUAUGGUAACAACAUAUGCAUCAAGUGCUUAUUUUUCCAGAUCACGAGCUUUUAUAUCAACAAUAUUUACAGGUGCUGGAAUCAUUUCAGGAAUAUGGUUUGCAAUAUUUCAAAUUCUGAUUGAUAAUAAUAAAAUAAGUCUACGUCAAAUAUGUUUUAUUUGGGCGUCAUUUGGUGUUUUACUAUUAAUUUCAUCAUUUCUUUUUCUCGACUGGAAAUUUCCUUUUUUGAAUUUAUCGUAUCAAUUCGAUACAAAACAAGAUGAAAUAACAACGAGGAAUCCAGAAUCAUCAGAAACCAUCAAUAAUGAAAAGAAAUGGUACAAACGAAUUUAUAAACGUUUAGGAAUUUGGAAAUAUUUAACUAGUCCACUAUACAUCAUGAUUGUUCUUUUUCUAUCGACUUUAUUUAUUACAACUGAUUUAUUAGCUAUCACUUGGUAUCCUAUGAAUUAUGAUCUGUAUAAUCAUGAUGCAUCAUUAGGUNGAAAUGAAUAG